CAUGGAAGUCACUAGUUCUUCAGAAGAUAAGCAAACACAGGACAGUCCCACAUCCCGACAUGUCAGAUAUUGUGCCUCCAGAGGUAAGACCCAAACCUGCUGUCCCUGCUAAACCCUCUCAUGUGGUCCCACCUGCCAACAUCCCCCAGGUGCCCCUCCAGGGAUCAGGGACUGGGGCUCAAAACUCAGGAGGAGGUUCUACAUUGCUUGGAUAUGUUGGAAUAGACACGAUUAUUGAACAGAUGAGGAAGAAGACAAUGAAGACUGGUUUUGAUUUCAACAUCAUGGUUGUAGGUCACAGUGGUUUGGGCAAGUCGACUAUGGUGAAUACUCUUUUUAAGUCUCAGGCGAGCAGAAGAAGCUCAGGCUGGAGUCGUGAUGAGAAGAUCCCCAAAACUGUGGAGAUCAAAUCUGUAUCGCAUGUGAUAGAGGAAUCUGGAGUAAAAAUGAAACUGACAGUGAUUGACACUCCAGGAUUUGGAGACCAGAUCAACAAUGAAAACUGCUGGGAGCCCAUCUCUAAGUAUAUCAAUGAACAAUAUGAGAAGUUUCUAAAGGAAGAAGUUAACAUUGCACGUAAAAAACGCAUCCCAGACACCAGAGUGCACUGCUGCUUGUAUUUCAUAUCUCCAACUGGACACACAUUGCGACAGCUGGAUAUUGAGUUUAUGAAGCACUUAAGUCGAUCAGUAAACAUCAUUCCCGUUAUCGCCAAGGCAGAUACACUUACUCCUGAUGAAAGGAUCGAGUUCAAGCAGAGGGUGAGGAAGGAGCUGGAGGUAUGUGGGAUUGAGUUUUAUCCACAGAAGGAGUUUGAUGAGGACCAGGAGGACAAGAUUGAUAAUGAUAAGAUAAGGGAGGCCAUGCCCUUUGCUGUAGUGGGAAGUGAUAAAGAGUACCAAGUCAAUGGCAAACGAACUCUAGGAAGAAAGACUGCCUGGGGAAUAGUGGAAGUUGAGAACCCAAAUCACUGCGAAUUCUCCCUACUACGAGAUUUCCUGAUCAGGUCUCACCUACAGGACCUGAAGGAAGUCACCCACAACAUCCACUAUGAGACAUACAGGGCCAAGAGGCUUAAUGACAAUGGAGGGCUCCACCCUAUCUCCAACAGCAGUGGCACACAGGAAAGCAACCUGUAAGACAGAAUGAUAGAUGGAUAAACAGAGAAAGACAGAGUAUGGAAGGGUAGAAGUAGAACAAAAGAUGAUAACCAAUGAUAUUUUUGUGAAUGAAUAUAUUCAUAUUCUGAACAUUUCAUGGAUGUGGAAUUUGUCUUAAACCUCCUGAGC